CUUCAAAUGGCGGUUGGCAACCAACUUUAAGGUGCAUUACCACCACCAACUGGAGUGUGGACCUCAGUUCAGCUUUCAAUCACCCACUUGGGUAUAUUUUCCAUGAAAACCAAUGAGGAGAUGGGAGAAACAGGACUUUAACACCUGGCUACGCAGACACCUGCGAGCAGUUUAGAUUACAUUAUUAACGUGUAUGUGUACAUUUAUUUUGCCUGCUGACCACACUGCUUGCGUUGCAAAAUAAAUUUACACAUAGCUGAACUGAGGUACACACUCCAGUCCAGUUGGUGGUGGUAAUGUACCUUACAGUUGGUUGCCAGUUGACAAAUAAAGUCCACAGAAGACUACUACUACUGGAGGAGAGUUUACUAGAAAAUAUUUGUUUCUCCUUUUAUCUGUGGAUUAAAUGUUAGAGUAGAGAACACAACAUUUUGUGACUGAAUGGGUCAAAAUUCUACAAAGAUCCAGAAAAAAAGGACCUUGUGCAUUUCAGAAUGAGGCUUCCCCAGUUUGUGUGGACGCUGGGGCUGCUAUUGCCAUUGCUGUCAACCUCCCAGGCGUUCAAAGACAUCUGCAAUGCCAAGCCCAAAGACGUGCCCCUGGAGCCCAGGUGCGUCUACCGCAGCCCCGAGGACGAAGCUCCGACAGGGGACGCUAUCCCGGAGAAAGUCCCUGAGAACACCAAUCCCCGGGUGUGGGAGCUGUCCAAGGCCAACAGUCGCUUCGCCCUGUCCCUGUUCAAGCAGCUAGCCCAGGGAAAAUCCAGCGAGUCAAACAUCUUCAUGUCUCCUAUCAGCAUCUCCUCAGCUUUUGCUAUGACCAAGCUGGGCGCCUGCAACAACACGCUAAAACAGAUUAUGAAUGUGUUUGAGUUUGACACAAUCAAAGAGAAGACGUCGGACCAAGUGCAUUUCUUCUUCGCCAAGCUAAACUGUCGCCUGUACCGCAAGAAAGACAAGACGACAGAACUGAUCUCAGCCAACCGUCUUUUUGGAGAAAAGUCUCUGGCAUUCAAUGAGAUUUACCAGAAUAUCAGUGAGCUGGUGUAUGGAGCCAAACUCAUGCCACUCAACUUCAAGGAGAAGCCAGAACUGUCACGGGUGACCAUCAACGAUUGGAUUGCAAACAAGACUGAGAACAGGAUUCAGAACACCCUGCCGAAGGACUCGCUGAACUCUAACACUGUGCUGGUCCUGGUCAACACAAUCUAUUUCAAGGGUCAGUGGAAAAGCAAAUUUGACAAAAAGAAUGUCUUCAAGGCUGACUUCUAUGUGAGUAAAUCCAAGACGUGCCCAGUGUCCAUGAUGUACCAGGAAACCAAGUUCCACUACGGCAGGUUCACGGAAGACAAGGUGCAGGUGCUGGAACUGCCGUACCGUGGAGAUGACAUCACCAUGGUGCUGAUCCUACCUCUCAAAGACACACCCCUGUCUGAGGUGGAGGAGAACCUGGACUUGAAGAAGCUGACUGGCUGGCUGCAUAACAUGAGGGAAACCUCAGUGUCGGUGCAUCUGCCGCGCUUCCGCAUUGAAGACAGCUUCAGUCUGAAGGAGAAACUGCAGGCCAUGGGGCUCGAGGACCUCUUCAGCCCCAAGGACGCCAGCCUGCCAGGCAUCCUUGAAGAUGAGGCGAAUGAUCUGUACAUUUCCGAUGCAUUCCAUAAAGCAUUCCUAGAGGUGAAUGAGGAAGGCAGUGAGGCGGCUGCUGCCACGGCUGUAAUGGCCGUCGGCCGUUCCAUAAACUCAAACCGGGAGUUGUUUGUGGCCAACAAGCCCUUCCUCCUGCUCAUCCGAGAGUCCACCAUCAACACCAUGGUGUUCACUGGCCGAGUGGCUGACCCCUGUGACCCCUGAUCACACACUUCAGAUGUGUCAUGAUGUGUCAUUCCCCAAUGUAAACUGUCAUGCCAUGCAACUACCUACUUCUGAUAUCUGUAUUGAGCUAAAAUAAAUAAUAACCAAAUGGGAUGAACAGUG